UCUCAUGUCUCAAUCAGACUUUGAAAGUAGGAAGUAACUGUGCGAUAUAAACACAACCCAAACUUGUACUUGUCCUUUCGGAUAUACAGAUAUAUACAGUGUUGUGUGGAGCGAUCAUGUAGGAGUUGUUCCAGUGCAAUAGGUAGAAAUAUCUUUCAAUAUUGUCAGUUUACCAUCGCAUUAAAGCACGAGGGAUCGGGAUAUAUGGAUUACUAUUGCCCUUUUUCGUCAACAUAAGACCAUCCUACGUUCAGAUUUCCGUGGUCCUUCUCAAUAAACUACCAUGCCGCUCAUCAAGCGCGAGGUCGCACCCGUACUCGUCAGCCAGGUCGAUAUCGGGAAGGAGGUCAAGGACGAGCUCGAGUGCGUCAGCAACUUCACCCUGGCCAGCAUCAUCCGCCAGUUGGGGAAUCUGGGCAAGCAUGCCGAGGACAUCUUUGCCGAUCUCCUCAGCGAGGCGACAUCGCUGACCCAACGGGCUAGGUCCGUACAGGAUCGCCUGGACAAGCUGAAUACUACCUUUGAGAAGCUUGAUUCGAAGACAGAUUCGGUAUCCGUGAGGGAUAUCAACACCCGGUUGGCCUUCCAAAGCUCUCUCAUUCUCGACGCUGAGGUCGUUUCUUCUCGUACCAUGCCCUCGGCAAUGAAGUCGACAUACACCCGAUGUGAGCAGCCCCCACCGUUGUCUAUUCUCAACCAGUUCAGACAAGACGGCAAGGAUGGUCUAAAGCUUUACACAGAUCCAAAAUUCUUCUUUGAACGAUGGAAAAACGAACAGCACAAGGAUAUCGAUAAGAAGAAAAAGAAGAAAAAGAAGAGACCACACUCCAGCAAUGUGAGCAAACCUAAGAAAGUUUUGACAACCAAAGAGAAAUUCAAAGACCAAGCUCUGGGGAUAGAAUUCGCGGAGAUGGAGCGAGAGAAAAGGGAGCAAGAACAGAAGGCAUCCGGCGCCACUUCGCCAGAUGCCGCGUCUCCAGAGAAGAUGAGCAGUCAAGGAAAAUCCCUAAAUGCAAGCCCUGUCACCACCCCGUCGGGAAGGGCUCCUGGUACCCCAUCUUCCGUACGGAAACCUGGCACGGCUCCACCUCCUGCACCGGGGCCUCCUCCCCCGCCCACUUUCCCGAGUGGAGGCGUGGAUGACUCGGGCGACCUCCCGCUCCCUCCGCCUCCGCUUGAAUGUGAUAGCACUUACUCGGAGGUAGGGGACUUGCCGCUUCCUCCUCCCAUCAAUGGCGGUGCUCCAGCCCCACCAUCGAUGGCUCCAGGGGCUCCACCGGUACCAGCUCCUCCGCCCCCUAUGCCUUCAACAGCUGGACCUGCACCUCCACCACCGCCACCACUUCCAGCUGCUGGAGGGCCACCGCUACCGCCACCAACCCCCAAACAGAGUGGGACAACCAACAACCCAAGACCAACUACUGCUGUGUCCCAAGUCACUGGUGCACGUGACGAUCUCCUAUCAGCAAUUAAACAAGGUAUGCAACUUCGACGAGUCGAAGUCAAGGUGAGGGACAAACCGCAAGAGCCUGAAAAUAACAGCGUCGAGGCGAUCUUACGACGUCGGAUCGCCGUCGAACUCAGCUCAGAUGAGGACACGGGUACUGAGAGUGGCGGUUCCGACUGGGACACGGACGACGAUGACUAGGAUAUAUAUAAACACAGUAUAUAUAUAUAUAUAUAUAUAUAUAUACAGUGCGUAUCAAAAAAAAGUUUACACUUUGAAAAAGCCCUGGGAAUUAAAAAAUAUACAACAUGUGGGUAUUUUUUUUACAAAUAAUCUUGGGUUUGGGUCUCAUCUAUCCAAUGAAAGUAAAAAAUUUGACAGAAUAUUACACUUGAGUGAGCACUGUCCAUUUUUGUAAAGCUCGCAGAAAUCUGUUUGCGCAGAAAUGCUCGUUUUCACGCUGUGUCAAGGGGAAAGGGCGGAAUCAAACUUAACCUGCGAAAUAUUUCUCAUACAUUUCCCUUGCACUUUUAGUCAAUUGAAAUAAAACGGAUACAUUCAAGCAUUUUGUAACAAUUUUGCCACCCAAAUUAAAAAUGUCAACACUUAGUAAGCAACCGCGUAGCCAGGAUUUCAUUUUGGAGGGGGCGGUAAAUGCACGCAAAGCGUGCCAAAGCUUACAGAGCGCGCGAAGCGCGCUCCCUAGGGGGUGGGUGCAGGGAGGGGGAGUUUCCCCCUCCCGCGCGAAGCGCGAAGCUUUUGGUGUUUCAUAAAUUAAAAUGAAAAGGAGUCGUCUCUCUUGUCUCUAGUAUCUAUAUCAGCUCCAAUUCAGUUGACUAUAUUGUGAUUUUGAACCUGGUUUUCAUGAACCUUGUUUUAAAAAAAGAUUGUGAACGCACAAAAAAGGAAUACAAUGGAGGAAAUUAAAAUGAUAAUAACCCCGCGCGAAGUGCGGAAGCUAAAGCGUUUUAUCAAUUUUUUGCCAUGAAAAGGGUCCCGAGAAAAGGAUAUUCUCAAACAUAUAUUGAAUACUUCCCUUGGAAAGAUCAGAUUUGAUUACAAACAAUUUAGCGACAGUGCAUAUCUUUAACUCGCAAAACAGAGGAGAAGAAGUGUAUAUGCCAGGAGGAAGAUAUUCCUCCCCGCGCAGAGCAACGAAACUCUGACAUUUCAAAUGGCGGAUGUUUCAUCAAAAUAAUGCAGAUAUCUCCAAUACCCCAUCGGCUCUAAUUCAAUUAAUUUUCUAAGAUUAUUGAACUUCAUUAAAAGGAAAAUAGUGCGCAAAAAGUUGAAACUUCUGUGAUUUAUUGAAAUUAUAUAAAAAGGAUGCCUAAUUUCUUUGACUUAUCCUGAAGCGCUUCAUUUUGAAUUAUAAAGAAACUUAAGAGUCAUUCAAAAUUUCAAACUGAGGGCGAAAAACAGGACAGGAGAUGAAUGUACAGGGAAAUGACAUGAAGUUGAAUAGAAUUUGAUAAAUAAUAUUGUACUUUUUUAUUUAAUACCCUUAUACGAUACGAAUUUUAUACCUUCCUCUUUUUGGAUUAGGAACCUGUUUGCCCCAAAAAUUAUGGUUGUUUAGUAAUGAGCUGAAAAGCGGGAGAAGUUGACUUUAUGGAGGUGACGGCAGAAAUUGAUAUAAAGAUUUUACCCGCCCGGAGCCGACCCGACCAGAAGUUGCGCGAUCAAUUAAAAAAAAAGAUAACUUCAUAUACUUCGGCCUAACCUUACUUUAAUUCCAUGCCCUAAUGUAUACAUUUGAACUUUAACUGGCAAUAAACACAUAUAGCUGAGGUAGAAAAACAGGGUUAGAGAAAGGGUGGGGGAAACAAUGGAGAUCUUCAAUAUUUUAAUUUAACCGCGCGCAGCGCGGAAGCAAAAUUCAUAAUCAUAAAUUUAGAGCAAGAGUGAAGGAGUUUCUCUUUUGAGAAAAAAAACAAAAAAAAAAAAAACACAAAGCUACCUUUCUUCCCUUUCCUCCCUUCCCUUUUCCUUUUCUCCUCUCUUUUUUCCCUUCUUUUUUUUUCUUUUUGGGGACGUUUUUGGGGGGGGGGCGACCGCCCCCACCGCCCCCCCUGGCUACGCGCCUGUUAGUAAGCACAACCUUUACCCUUUUUGUGCCAGCUGGAUCUGAGGAAAUAACUGAAUCUGAACAAAAGUUUAUAUUAGACAUCUCCAGCAUUUUUCACUAAGUUUGUUAUCAUUUAAAGUGGGUUUACAUUUCAUUUUUCAUUUAAUACUUGUUUCUCCACACUUUUUGCAAGCUCGACAAUGAUUAACAAAAUGAAAUUCAAGCUUAAGCCAUUUCAUGUAAAUCACAACUCGGUGUAAAGCAAAUAUUGUCACGAUGGCCUUGGUGUGUGGGGGAUCGGGGUGGGGCGCAAUGCACUCUUCGAAGUGUUUUGGGCAAGGAAACAAGUUAAAAAAGAUAAAAGAUAUCUUCAAAUCAAUUUUACUAGCUAAAUUCCAUGUGUUCUUCAUGAUUAAGGUCUACUUUUAUUCGCAUAACUAUUUCAAAGUUCUGCGCAAAUAAUUUUUCAUUAAAUUUUCAAAAGUAAGUGGUGCUCACUCAAGCGGAAGUAUUUUUCGACAGUUAUAUCGUCAUUUACUUAAAUGUAUUUGUACCAAUGUUAAAAUGCGGAAAAAUCUUCAGGAUAUGACAGAUGUAUAAUUUUACAGGAUUUUUUCUAAGUGUAAACUGUUUAUGAUACGCACUGUAUAUAUGUAUUUGUAUCUUUUUUAAAAUGUACUGUAGAAAAUAGACUAUUUGGUUCAUUAUACAUUCAUAUCGCCGAGAAAGUGAUACAUAAACCACGCGCUGAAAAAUAAUGCAUAUACAUAUUUGAAAAAUGACGCUUAUCUGAAGUCAUAAGGCUGAGUCCAGAAUAAGCUGAGGAGUCUAUCUCUCCUCCAGGCGCGUCCACUAUACUGCGUAGAACUUAGACUCACUGGACAGAAACUUUCAUAUUAAUUCGUGCUUACUUUCUUUCAUCCCAAAACGGAAAACACAGAAAAUCAUUCUUUUGCCUGUCCCAACUGACUCAUGAAAGAAAAAAAACAUAGUAGUUCUGAAAAUUUUAGAUUUCUGUUCUCGUAUCGAUUCUUUACUUCUGAAAAUUUUAGAUUUCUGUUCUCGUAUCGAUUCUUUUCUUAAAAUGCUUGACUGAAUGAACAAAAAUCUGGAAAGCCAAUAAUUGCUGACCUGACCAUGAUGACACGGUGAUAUUCUCGAGUUAUUACAAUUAUGAAAUUUAAUUUAAAUCUGUGUAAAAAUAACGAAUAACUUUACUUUUUGUACAUUAUCUAUCAAGGUAGAUGGGAGUUUUGAUUCAUCUAUUCCAUUUCUCGAUCAUGUUUUUACUUUUUCCGGCUGCUAAUAUCUUUUUUUAAACAAGCGUAGGUAUUGCUUUUCACUUUCUUUGUGAAAUCUUUAAAAAGGCGCGCCUUUAUGAUUUGAUUCUUCUUAUAUAUCACAUGGUGCUUAUAUUAUGUGGGGAAGGAAAUACUGAAGUAAUAAAAUACACCCGUAUCUUUAUUAUGAAUAUCAAAUUCGAGCUGAAAAUCCUAUAAUAUGAAAUAAAAGGCAUAUAUCAUGUACAUACA